AUGUUGGUUUUAUUUUUGUUAUUUAUAUCUAAAACAUAUGGAAAAUGUAAUUUAGAAGAUAAUCCAACUGGAAUUAUUGUUUGUCUUGCUAAUAUAGCUACAGCAUUUGAAGCUGUAUUUACGAAAGAUUUACGAGUAUUAUGCUAUACAGCAAAUUCGUUAAGCGCAUGUUUAAAACCUCAUAUGAGAGGAUGUCUUGUCGAACAUAUUACAAAUGGAGUUCUUGAUGAAAUAUCUUAUUUGGCUAUCAGCUGUUGUCCAGCUCAUAAUAGUGGUACACUUGGAAAUUGCUAUAUAAGAGAAGCACAGACUGGCGAACAAAAAUGUUUUUCGGCUGAUAGUAGUGUUCGGCUAACAAACGGUCAACAAAAAUUAGUUACUGAACUAAAACAUGGAGAUGAAGUAUAUGCUUUUGAUCAGAUAAAUCAAAAUAUUAUUAGCACAGUUAUCAUUGGGAUGCUUGACAAUGAACCUCAUAGAUUUGGUUUUUUUAAAUCAUUGGUUACAUCUAAUGGUCAUCAACUAACUCUAUCUUUGAAUCAUUUGAUACCCACAAAGCAAAAUGGUUAUCUAAUGGCAAAAGAUUUAACACCAGCGCGUACGUCUUUCAAAUACUAUGCUACGGGAAUCGAAAUUUACGUUGCUAAUUCUGAAAAUGUGUUGAAAGUUGAGUCUAUUUCGAAUAUUACUAACGUAUGGAAACAAGGUUAUGCAGCACCACUUACUCAAAGUGGUACAAUUAUUGUCAAUCAUGUUGCUGCAUCAUGUUAUGCAACGAUAAACAGUCAUCGAUUAGCUCAUACGAUUCUUGCACCAAUGAGAUGGUGGUAUUCGCUAUCUAGAUACCUCUCCUUAUCAGCUAAAACUGAUACUCACCAAACGGGUAUUCAUUGGUUUCCAAAUGUUAUAUUCAAAAUAACAUCAUAUUUUCUACCAUCAAUUAUUAACUAG